UUACAAUUAAUUAGCAUAAUCGAAAUUAAGUGGGCAGCAAAGCGUAAACGCCUCUUUGUUCUCGAGUCAAAACCAGUGACACUGGUUGACCGAGAAAGCUCAAAAGCCACCACCACCGCCACCGCUACCGCCGCCCCGUUGCCACCGCGGCGCCGUUCGAUGUGUGCUAUUUUCUUCUUCCCAUGACAACACCAUCGCUGAGGAGAAAAAAUAACAGGCGAUCAACAAACUCAAACCCCAACAACUCCCAGAAAAAUCAGAUGGCGCCUUAUGCGUCGUCGUUUUACUCGAAAUUCAGAAUGUCCCCUUUUCUGAUUUCAGCUGUUUUAUUUAUGUCAGUUUUGAUUCUUCUAAGCGUUUCAUUGAACAUGCGCAGCGCGCUUGGUUCGAAUCCAAACGUCAGUGGAAUUUAUAGUGUCGACGCUGUGAAUCAGUAUCCCCACGAUCCAUCUGCUUUCACCCAGGGUCUUCUGUAUGCAGGAAAUGAUACUCUUUUCGAAUCAACUGGGCUUAAUGGACAUUCAUCUGUUCGAAGAGUUGCUCUUGCCACAGGAAAGGUUGAGGCUAUUCACAGCAUGCACAGAUCUUACUUCGGGGAGGGCUUGACUCUUUUUGGCGAAAGGUUGAUUCAAGUUGCUUGGUUGACGAAAACUGGUUUCAUAUAUGAUCGAAAUAACUUAAGCAAUAUUAAGACAUUCACUAAUCCAAUGCAAGAUGGUUGGGGAUUAACAACUGAUGAAAAAAUUCUAUUCGGGAGCGAUGGAACUUCAACCUUGUAUCAGAUUGACCCUCACACAUUGAAAGUUGUUGAAAAGCAUACGGUCAAGUACAAAGGAAAUGAAGUACACAACCUAAACGAACUGGAGUAUGUGAACGGUGAAGUAUGGGCAAAUGUUUGGCAGACGGACUGCAUUGCGAGAAUAUCGGGUAAAGACGGUGUUGUAUUGGGAUGGAUCUACCUUCCACAACUAAGGGAAAGACUGGUAGCCACUGGACACGAGAACGUUGAUGUUUUGAACGGCAUUGCGUGGGACCCAAAACAGAACCGUAUUUUCGUGACUGGAAAGUUAUGGCCGAAGCUAUACGAGAUAAAGGUGAACGCAAUGAAGAAACCAUUCAGCGGUGAUAUCGAGAGUCUGUGUAUGCUGCCUCCAACUCAUUUCUGAUAACCAUACGACGAAAAAACAUUCUUAUUUGGAAUUUUCUUUUAACCAUUUCUGGAAAAGAAUAUACUUUUCUUGUAAAUUUAGUGGUAAUGUAUACCUGUAUUUAGUGGAGAUCUAUUGCUUGUAUUAGAAACACUGAAUAUUGGUCUUAAUAAUAUGCUCACUAAGAAAUAAAGCUGCUGUAGUAAUUCUUUGAUUAGGUCGAUUUUGAUUCGAAA